CAAGUAUAUCACUCCUGUCAUACAGAGAUGUUUUUAUAAAAUCUUUUCAGUUUUCAGAUUAAUUUUUAGUUUGUAUUUUUUUUAUAUUGUGCAGUGUUGUUUCCUUAAAUUUAGGUGUAUUUAUUACUACAUUAUGCCUGAAUGUGUACCAUGUCCAGCUGCGGCGCCAUGUGCACCAUCAGCUGGCAUCAAGUCGGGGCUCCGGGAUGGUCGGCUCAUCGACGGUCAUCAGGAAAACCCCUGUCCGUGUCGCACUUGCUGCUGUGGGAAACCACCCACCGUCAAACAAUGCUACAAACAACCGAAAAUACCGGAUUCGUAUGCACCCCGACGAUGUUAUAAUAAGCCGACCGCACAAGUUGAGUCGGGCACUACUUAUAACAUGUCCUAUUUACCAGUGGAUGACUGCAAGAACCUGAGAGGAGUGGCCAGGAAACCAGCUCCGAACUUGGUGCCCAGUUGCGAACCAAUGGAAGCGUGCACUGUUAAUAAGCUCUCGUUCCUGCCGAAUCCUGUGUGCGUGACGCAAGCGAUCCGUCCGUGUCACCACGACAUGUGGGGACAGGGCCCCAUGCAGAACGUGACCACACAACGACACGACUACGUGCCCAAGCCAUGUGUACUUCGUGAGAACUUCAAACCACCGCCUAAAUUUCACUGCGUUGAACAGCCUUUUGAGAAUCGUACUGUCAACAAGCUAUCCUAUUUGCCCCCGGAAAAAAUUGAACUAACGAAGUCCUACGCACCCGAACGAUGCUAUGAAAGGCCCGCCGCUAAAAUGGAAGGCACUACAACACAAAAAAUGAGCUAUAUGCCAACCCAAAUUUUGCCAAAGGAACCACUGCCUUGGGCUUGUAAAGGACAGUACCAAAUACCAUGUCAGAGAUUGGAUUCCAAUACUACGUAUACCAUGAGUUACCUAGACGCGAAGAAUGACUGUAGACGACGUGCCAUCAUACCUAAUUCUUGCACCAACCCAGUCACUGCAUCCAAGAGAUUUGAAACGCAAACGGUUUAUAAGAACAGUUAUCUACCAGCGUCAGCACCAAUUCCUCAACCAGCUAAACCCCUACCAAACUUAGUAUCUUCCACAGCGCAGAUGGAAGGAGAUACCGUACACAAGCUCUCGUUCCUGCCGAAUCCUGUGUGCGUGACGCAAGCGAUCCGUCCGUGUCACCACGACAUGUGGGGACAGGGCCCCAUGCAAAACGUGACCACACAACGACACGACUACGUGCCCAAGCCGUGCGCGAUUAGGGAGUCGUACAAACCACCAAGCAAGUUCCACUGUGUUGAACAACCUUUUGAAAAUCGCACCGUGAACCGAAUGUCAUAUAUAAACCCUGGCCGUAUCGCAGUACCAGAAUCUUUCGCUCCGCUCAAGUGUUACGAGAAACCAUCAGCCAAAAUGGAGUGCGCCACAACGCAGAAGAUGUCGUACCAGCCGGUGUGUGUACCAGCGCCGCAGCAACCGCCCUGGGCCUGCAAAGGACAGUACCAGAAGCCCUGUCAGAAGCUGGAUGGCACAACCGUCUACCGGUCAUCAUUUCUACCACCCGGGGAAGAUUGCACCCAGUAUAUGGACCCAUGUUCUUAUGGCGACUGCAAACCUUGUGACUGUAUUUGUCCUGCCGAAUGCAUAACGACGGAUCCCUGCGCUUGUAACUUCCCUAAAGCAGCUUGUUGCAGCUAACCAUCGCCAUUUUAAAGCGUUCUAAAUUUGAAAGUGACAAAAUGGCGUAGGUAUUCGCCAACUUGACUUCAUUUUGACUCAAAUAUUUUUGUUAUAAACACCGUUUUACUAUUUAUUGUUAUAGCAGGUAAUUUGUACCGGAUUGCAAAUGUAUGUUUGAACUAUAAUACUGACGUGAAUAUAUAUUUACAUAUCUAGAUAAUUUUGUUUUAAACAAAUUAGGUAGGUAUAAAUUGGACGUUAAGUAGAGUAAAUUAGACUUAUAUAAUGGUCUAUGACUGAUGUAACUAUUGUAGCGUAGUACAAUUUUUAUAUACUAAUAUUUAAAUCAUAUAUUGCACAAAAUA